AUGGAGCCUGGCCACGAAGGCGUUUUCAAGUGUCCGGAGGAUCAGCUGCCCCUGGAUUACGCCAAGAUUUACCCGGACCCCGAACUGGAGGCCCAGGUGUUGGGCCUGAGCAUCAGGUGCAUCCACAGUGAGGAGGGCUGUCGCUGGACUGGGACCAUCCGCCAUUUGCAGGCCCACCUGGGCACCUGCAGCUUCAACGUGGUGCCCUGCCCCAACCGCUGUGGGGCCAAGCUGAGCCGCCGCGACCUGCCCCCCCACCUGCAGCACGACUGUCCCCAGAGGCACCUCCAGUGCGAAUUCUGCCGAGCCGACUUCACGGGGGAAGCCUUUGAGAACCACCAGGGGGUCUGCCCCCAGGAGAGCGUCUACUGCGAGAACAAGUGUGGGGCGCGCAUGAUGCGCCGGCUGCUGUCGCAGCACAUGCUGGCCGAGUGUCCGAAGCGCACCCAGCCCUGCAGCUACUGCGCCAAGGAGUUCCUCUACGACACCAUCCAGAACCACGAGUACCAGUGCCCUCGCUACCCUGUGCCCUGUCCGAAUCAGUGCGGGGCCCCCAACAUCGCCCGGGAGGACCUGAGCGGGCACCUGAAGGACAGCUGCUCCACCGCCCUGGCUCUCUGCCCCUUCAAGGAGGCCGGCUGCAAACACCGGUGCCCCAAAGUGUCCCUGGGCCGCCACCUGGACGAGAACACCAAGCUGCACCUGGGCCUGAUGUGCGCACUGGUGGCCCGGCAACGGCAGGAGCUGGUCGAGCUGCGCCGCGAGGUGGAGGAACUGGCGGUGGGCAGUGACGGCGUACUAAUCUGGAAGAUCGCCGAUUAUGCCCGGAAGCUGCAGGAGGCCCGGCUGCGGAGCAAUUACGAGUCCUUCAGCCCCCCCUUCUACACCCACCGGUAUGGCUACCGGCUGCAGGUGUCGGUCUUCCUGAACGGCAACGGCAGCGGUGAAGGCAGCCACCUCUCGGUCUACAUCCGGGUGCUGCCUGGCCAGUACGACAACCUGCUGGAGUGGCCCUUCGCCUACCGGGUCACCUUCUCGCUGCUGGACCAGAGCGACCCCUCGCUCUCCAAGCCCCAGCACAUCACCGAGACCUUCCUGCCGGACCCCGCCUGGAAAAACUUCCAGAAGCCUGGCACGGGGCGCACCUCCCUGGACGAGAGUCUGCUGGGCUUCGGGUACCCCAAGUUUAUCUCGCACGAGGAUAUCAAGAAGCGCAACUACGUGCGCGACAACGCCGUCUUCAUCAAGGCCUCGGUGGAGAUCCCCCCCAAGAUCAUUUCCUGAGGGGGAGGAAGACCGAGCGACCGAGGGGUGCUGGGGGUGAACGCCCCCCCCACCGUCCGGGUUUCCCCCACUUUGGAAGAACAGUUCUGCUUCUGAUAAUGCUUUUUUUUCUGACCCGCCUCUCUGCUUCGGGUUGACCCCCCCUCCCUUCGUUGAAAUGGUGCUAAUUGCUGCAGGUUCGGGCCCCGAGUCCAGCCUGGCUUGAGGGGGGGGUCACUUUCUUCCCGGGAGCAGCUGGGCUGCCUCUGGGACCCCCCAUCUUCUCCCAAGCACCCUUUGGGGUCUGCAAAUACCAGCCGUGCGCUGGGCAACGUCAGGAAGCCUGCUGGGCAAGGGGUGGUGGUGGU